UUUUCUCUAACUAAAAGCACGCAUCGCAUAUAUUUGAAUCUCUAUAUAAAGUGAAUAAAAAUUCACAGUAUAUCUAGCACGAAUGCAGCCAAUACGCAGUAAAGAAAUUGCAAUUAUUGACUACUAGUUUGCGUAGCCAUCCGUCUCACUUCUUCCUAUCUUAUUAAAUUACAUAUCUUUUAGUUCUGAUUUUGAUUUUGAUCACUUGCUUAGUAUAAUUCUGAUUCUGGAUUUCUGGGUCUUUUUCUGGUCUACAAUCUACAUAUUGCAGAAGUUUGCUAAUUUCUGUGUUUUCUCCUGGGUUUUUUUGGGGGUCUUAAUUAAUCUAUCCUUAUCUUCUAAUCUCAAAAUUCAAUGAUGCAUUAGUUUGUUUUGUUGCUAGCCAUCACUCUCACUUGUGUAAUUUAUCGCUUUUUAUUGAAGCUAAGCCUUUGAAAUUUCAGAAAGCAACAAUCGUUCAAAAUUUUCUUGUAGUUUUACUCAUCUUUCUUCCUUUUUUUCUUCAUUUUCUUAAAUUUUGAUUUUGGGUCUUCAGUUUUUUUGGUUUAUUUGCUGCAAAAUCUGUUUGAAUUCUAAAUUCUGGGUUUUUCUCCUGUUAUUUUUGGGUUGUUCCAAGUUGGUAACUUGGUAAGGAAUCUAGCUAAUAUCAAAAACCCUAACUUUUCUCCCCGUUUUUUGUAUUGUCAUUUUCACACUUGAAAUCCCAAAAUCCCAGAUACUUAUUUUGCAAAAAUUGGUAGCCAAUCAUAAAUCUUUCUGUACAGGGUUUUUUGGGAUCAAAUAAGAUUGGAUAAUCUCUCUUUUCCUCCAUUAAUUUUUGAAGUUUCAGAGGAAAAAAAAAAGAGAUGACAAUUGGUAAGAUAGAGUCUAAAAGAGAGAGAAAAUCAAAGAAAAUGAAGCAAGUCCCAGAUGAAAAUGCCCCUUUAUUGCCCACCAAAAGCCAUGAAGAACCUGGGUUUGAUGAGUUUAAUGGGGCUUCAUUUUCUGGGGCAGUUUUCAAUUUGUCAACAACAAUUAUUGGUGCUGGAAUUAUGGCUUUGCCAGCUACUAUGAAGAUUCUGGGUCUUGGGCUUGGGCUUGUUAUGAUCAUUGUUAUGGCUUUAGUGACUGAAAGAUCCAUUGAUAUGUUGCUUAAGUUUAGCAGGGCAGGAAAAUCUUCCUCUUAUGGUGGUCUUAUGGGGGAUGCUUUCGGAAACGUCGGUCGAAUUUUGCUGCAACUUGCUGUUUUAGUUAACAAUGUUGGUGUACUUAUAGUGUACAUGAUUAUCAUAGGUGAUGUGCUCUCUGGAACAUCUUCCAGUGGAACUCAUCAUGCUGGUGUCUUGGAAGGUUGGUUUGGGGAUCAUUGGUGGAAUGGCCGGCUCUUUGUUCUUCUGGUCACAACUCUUUGUGUGUUUGCUCCAUUGGCUUGCUUCAAGCGUAUUGAUUCCUUGAGAUAUACAUCUGCAUUGUCAGUGGCGCUGGCUGUUGUAUUUCUUGUAAUUAUGGUGGGAAUCUCAGUUAUUAAGUUGAUGAGUGGGCAUGUGAUGAUGCCUAGAUUGCUUCCUGACAUUACUGAUUUGAAUUCAGUCUGGAAACUGUUCACUGUCGUACCUGUUCUUGUCACAGCGUAUAUUUGUCACUACAAUGUUCACUCAAUAGACAAUGAACUCGAAGACUCUACCCAAAUAAGAGCUGUUGUACGAACAGCACUUGGUCUCUGUGCUUCUGUGUAUGUAACAACAAGUUUUUUUGGUUUCCUUCUAUUUGGUGAUGGAACUCUGGAUGAUGUCCUGGCAAACUUUGAUACUGACCUCGGAAUACCCUUUGGUGGCGUGCUGAAUGAUGCUGUUCGUGUCAGCUAUGCUGCACACUUGAUGCUCGUUUUCCCCAUUGUCUUUUACCCAUUGAGGCUUAAUAUCGACGGCCUUCUCUUCCCCACUUCAGGUCCUCUGGUCAACAGCAACAAGAGAUUUGCUCUGAUUACCACGGUACUUAUAGCUCUCAUAUUUCUGGGAGCAACUUUCAUUCCCAGCAUCUGGGAUGCUUUCCAGUUCACUGGAGCAACUGCUGCUGUUUGUCUUGGGUUCAUAUUUCCUGCUUCAAUUACCUUAAAGGACCGCUAUGCCAUUUCCGUGAACAAGGAAAGAUACUUGGCUAUUGUGAUGAUUGUCCUUGCAGUGUUCUCAAAUGCAGUGGCAAUAUAUAGUGAUGCCUAUGCACUAAUCAAGAAGAAUUCUGUAACCAGUGAAAUGUAGAAGGAUACUUGAUGAUCCAUUAAAGUUAUCCGAGCUCUAUGCAGAGCAAAGAUUUUGUCCUGUUGCCGUGAAAGCAUGGAGAUCGCUCGUUCUUAGAAGACCGAGAGGUACAAUAAGAGCGAAUGUACCAUGUCAUGUAAACAGGGGGGAUGCUCUCGGUGCAACUGCGUGUCAUCGUAUAUCCUACCAGUAAAUUGUUGUCAUUUACUGAUAGGAUGUGUCUAUAUAUAUAGUUUUGCAAAAUCAAAAAUUUAAGGGAAAGUGGAUUACAAAACUUUCCAGUUUCAGUCUUGAUUGUAAGUGUAAUUUAAUAUUCUACACUAAUGGCAUGCUUGUUGAUAUAUAAGAAGCUGCCUUGGACUGGUUGCUGCUGAUAUGGUGGAUCAACCAAGUACUAUUUGUUCCUGUAGUAUUAUGUAAUCUUUGCUUUUGAAGGUCUAAAUAUGUAAUUUGUCAGGCUUCUUUCUC